UAUAAUUCGAAAUAAUUGAUUUUGUUUUGAUGUUAAUUUAAAAAUGCGACGUAAUUGGAGAGGACGAGGUAGAAGUAAUUGGAGUAACAGGAAAAAAGACAGUCAAAGUGUUAAUAAUGCAUCAUGCUCGGUUAUGGCUUCCAUAUCUGAUGCCGGUUCUUCUUCCUCAAAACCACCGGCAAACCAAAUGCCCAUAGUGAUUCCUAUCAAUUCAAAUAAUAAUAUAUGGAAGUUAUACUUCCCCAUUGAAGACAAUCCCAGUGAUCCCGAAGUUAUCAAGCAUAUUAAAUGUGUUCAAAGCUAUAUUGAUAAAUACAGGGCUACUUUUGAUUUGGAAAAGAUGAACCAAACACACAGUGUCCCUUUGGAUGCUCAGAAAAUGUAUAGCGAUGAAGUAUUGAAAGCAGAAUGGCCAACGUUUCAUAGUGAUCUGUUUGAUAAGCCAGAAACAACAUUGCCUCUUUUGGAAUUUUGCAUACAUGAAAAAUUCAACUGCCAAUCUAAAAUAAAAGUAAGAAUAUCAAAUCACCAGCCCCCCAUACUUAUAGGAGAACUAAAACUUAAUUAUUUUGGUAAAUUAAUAACAAUCAAAGGCACUGUUACACGGAUUAGUUGCACUGGAUUAGUUUGCACAUCAAUGGCAUUUGAGUGCUCAGGCUGUCGGAAUGUCCAAGCUAUAAUGCAACCACAGGGAAUAUUCACAGCUCCUAAUGUCUGUCCAAAAUGUAGGAGUGGUAACAAGUUUCAGCCAUUACAGUCUUCUCCCUACACAGUUACAACUGACUCACAGAUUGUUAUUAUUCAAGAACUCCAGUCACAGAGCUCGACAGGAACUAUUCCUAAGAGUAUAGAAGUUGAACUUCUAGGUGACUUAGUUGGAUGUACCCGACCAGGAGAUUUCCUUUCCGUCACUGGUAUUGUACAGGUGCGGAAUGAAACAAAAGGUGGUGAUGAUGGGAAGAAAGCAGCUAGACUGUUGUUGUUGUACAUAGAAGCCAUAUCUGUACAAAAUGAUAAAAAUAUAAGCAAUCCAACAGUGUCAUUCACUUUAAAAGAUUAUUAUGCGAUUCAGGAAAUCCAUGAUUAUAAGAAUGUGUUCAGAUUACUUGUACACUCGCUAUGUCCAGCAAUAUUUGGUCAUGAGUUGGUGAAGGCUGGUUUAAUACUUGGGUUGUUUGGCGGAACAGAAAGAGAAGAUGGCACACGAUCCAACCCACACAUACUUGUAGUUGGUGAUCCAGGGCUGGGGAAGUCACAACUACUGAGAGCAGCGCUAAAUGCGUCACCUAGAGGUGUGUACGCAUGCGGAGCGUCCGCGUCGGGCGUGGGACUGACGGUGUCGCUAGGUCACGUGGGCAAGGACUUAGCUAUGGAGGCCGGCGCGCUUGUGCUCGCUGACAAAGGAGUCUGCUGCAUCGACGAGCUGGAUAAAAUGCCGGCGUACCACAGCAACCUGCUGGAGGCGAUGGAGCAGCAGCGCGUGUCGGUGGCGCGCGGCGGCGUGGUGUGCAGCCUGGCCGCGCGCGCCGCCGUGCUCGCCGCCGCCAACCCGGCGCACGGCUCCUACAACAGAGCUAAAACAGUGAUUGAAAAUUUGAAACUUCAUCCAGCUCUAUUGUCCAGAUUCGACAUUGUUUUCAUUUUGUUGGACCAGCCUAAUGAGAAAAUGGAUGCCAUGCUCUCUGAACAUAUUUUAGGUCUACACAAAGGAAGUAAAAAUAAUCGAAUGAGAGACUCAAAUGACGGGUCUAAGCUUAGUAAAACUGCGAACUCACCGGAAAACGAAGGCGAUAUUUCACUCAGUGACAAACUACGGCUGGAGCCAGGGGAGUAUAUUGACGUCUUACCAACAGUAUUACUUCGCAAAUACAUCGCAUACGCCAAGAGAUACGUUCACCCCAAACUGAGCGCCGCAGCGGCCAACAGACUGCAUGAUUUCUACGUCGAGCUUCGACAGAAUCAAGGAGUCGGCGUCGACGGAACGCCCAUCACGACUAGGCAACUUGAAGCGUGUAUUAGAUUGACACAGGCUAGAGCCAGAGCAGAGCUACGGGAGGAGGCGACAAUAGAAGAUGCGGAUGACGUCAUCAGCCUUAUGAAACACUCCCUCAUAGACACAUUCUGUGACGAGUAUGGCAACAUUCCACUGUCAAAGCCAACGCAAAGUUCCACCAAAGGUCGCGCUAGUAAGGCCAAAAAGUUUUUAGAUGCAAUAUCAAGGGCUACUCAACAAUAUAACAAGGAUGUGUUCUCAAGACAGGAGUUAAUACAGAUACAUAAGGCUGCUGGUAUUGCAGGGGAUGCAAGCGACCUCAUAGAAAUGAUGCACAUAAACUCACACUUGUUAUUAAAAGCCUCAAAUGUAUAUCAAUUUAUUGCUCUUUAAAAGUGUAUAAAAUAUGUUGUAUAAAAUAAAUAUUAUUACAUGUUAAGUUU